UGGAUUGGAGGCUCUGAUGCGCAGGAGGACAAUAACUGGUUCUGGAUUGAUGGUACUCCUUUCCUCUAUACAAACUGGUGUCCUGGAGAGCCGAAUAACUACGGAGGACGGAAGCAGGAUUGCUUACAAAUUAACUUUGGAGAUCAUAAGUGCUGGGAUGACGUCCAGUGCUAUUUCCCAAAACCAUCUGUAUGUGCCAAGAAAGUCAGAUUCAUCUAGUGAAUCCUAAAAGCAGGACCGAAUCCUGGAACCUGGAAUGAGUAUAGAUACAUGAAGAGAAGCGACUGUGUCCAUCAAAAUCUUUUUCUUAAUAUUGCUCUUUCGCUUUUAAGCAACGUAAAAGACAAAAAAUAUCUGCAACACUUUCAGAUUAAGGUUGUCUGUUUCGUCUUAAGUCUUCAGUAAUAGGCGACUGGUUUUGUGGAAGACUGCUUUUAGCAAUGCUUUAUUCUAUAAAUAAAUAAAAAGCUCAAGCAA